UGCGCGUCUACUUGGUUAAGAAGUUUCUUCUAAUUAGCCAGUCUCUUCUUGCUCGCCUCACUUGUCCACCCCGCAGCGCAUCUUCCUCCUCCUGUCAGGAUCCAUGUCGGGCCCCUGAUCAGCACCGCGGAGAGCAAAACCUGCGAAGCAACCACUCCUUUCCCGGGGCGCGCUGCCGCUGCGAACGACGUUUGAAGGAGAGAAAAAAUAGAUGCACGGAUCUGUUUUAGUCAACAAGUAGUUGCUUGAUUUAAACAGCUUUUUCUUAUAUUUGUCACUUUUCUUCUGUUAGAGUCAAAGGGCCAGAGAGCUCAUUCAGUCCGUUGCUCUUUUGCGUCAGGCGAGAAGAGGCGCACCGUUAGAGGCGCAAGAAAAAUAAUUAAAACAACUGCAGAACAACAAGGACAAAAAAGAAAAAAAGAGAGGACGGAAAACAGGAGAGUAAGAGAGAGAGAGAGGGAGAGAGAGAGAGAAAAAAGAGAGAAAGAGUGAGAGACACCCCCUGGAGAAAAGUUCAGAGAGCCGGCCCCCGGCCUGAGAGAAGGAGAGAGAGAGUGAGGGAGUGUUUUAAAGCCGGCAGAAGGCAUGAUGUCCUACAUUAAGCAGCCCCAUUACGCCGUGAACGGGUUAACGCUGUCCGGCCCGGGCAUGGAUCUGCUCCACACCGCAGCCGUGGGAUACCCCAUACAUCUUUUUUUAGGCACGCCACGUAAGCAGCGUCGGGAACGCACCACCUUUACGCGUGCGCAGCUGGACAUCCUGGAGGCUCUGUUUGCCAAAACCCGAUACCCAGACAUCUUCAUGAGGGAGGAGGUGGCUCUCAAGAUCAACCUGCCCGAGUCUAGAGUUCAGGUCUGGUUCAAAAACCGCCGUGCCAAAUGCCGCCAGCAGCAGCAGCAGAGCACGGGCCAGUCCAAACCCCGGCCUCCUAAGAAGAAGGCUUCCCCGGCCCGGGAGGCGCCCACAGAGGCCAGUGCCAACCCAGCCAACGGACCCUACAGCCCCCCACCCCCACCUCCGGGCACAGCCAUCACCCCCAGCUCCAGCUCCGCCAGUGCCACUGUCUCCAUCUGGAGCCCAGCCUCCAUCUCCCCUCUGCCAGAUCCCCUGUCAGUCUCCACCACCCCCUGCAUGCAGCGCACCACCACCUACCCCAUGACCUACACCCAGGCCCCGGCCUACAGCCAGAGCUACGCAGGCUCCUCCUCCUACUUCACCGGCCUGGACUGCAGCUCCUACCUGUCCCCAAUGCACCCGCAGCUGUCGGGCACCGGAGGUGCCCUGAGCCCCAUCACGGGCUCCUCGAUGGGAGGGCCCCUCAGCCAGUCCCCCGCCUCGCUCUCUUCACAGGGCUACACGGCCGCCUCGCUGGGCUUCGGGGCCGUCGACUGUCUAGACUACAAAGACCAAGCGGCCUGGAAGCUCAAUUUCAAUCCUGCCGACUGCCUGGACUACAAAGACCAGAACUCCUGGAAGUUCCAGGUCUUGUAAAUAGCAGCCGGUUAAAAAAACAGGGGGAGGGGGGAACAAUAAAAAAAAAAGAAGUUGGAAAUAAUAAUAAUAAGUAGUGUGAAUAACCCCAUAUAACUGUUGGUGUUUUAGAAGAAGACAACGAGCUGGGGACGCAGAGACACUAGUGAGGGCAGCUGAGGAACGAAUCAGCUGAAAUAAAUCUUCCAGAAAAAGAAAUUAAAAAAAAAUGAGUGGAAGUUGGAUGAUCUGUUGAUGCUUGAGUUUUUUUUUGUUUUGACUGUAGGGUGUCCAUGUGUGUUUUUAAGAAACAUAGACGUCAGCCUUCAGGGGAGGCCCCAUGUACGAACACACGAGACCUAUACAGUAUUGUAUACCUGUUGUAAAAUCGAAUUAGUUAGACCAGAGUGUUAGAACGGCUUUGAUUAAAACUGUUAUGAGAAUCUUACAUUGAAAGUGCAUAAAACAAAGCAAUCAGCUGCACCGGGUUCAUAUAAUCUGGCACAACAGAGCUGAAAUCACCACCUCUUUGUCGGCCUUGACUGUAAUGGAAAAGAAAACUGAAGCUGUUCUACUUAUUUUUUUGACCUACGACAAGCUUUACCUCCUCAAACGUUUGAUUUCUCUGCCUGAUUAACAGCCUAAGAACCGAUUGACUAAUAAAGUACCAACUAGUCCAGAAAAAAAAAAAACAAAAAAAAAAAACAGACACACCCAGAGACUGCAGUACUGCCCUGCUGCCUUUGAGCUUGGCACUAACCUACGUCGGCAACAAUGGCUCCUACAUGGUUUGUUUAAUAGGAUCACUUCCACGUGAGGUGGGGGCAACAACGGUCCCACUGUGGUGCCCCCACACUCCCCUCACUUCAGCUGCCUGAGGUAAGCAGUUCUUGGAUCUGGUGGACUGUUUGACAGGAGAGAAGAGCGCACCAGAGAAAGGGAAGGGGCAGCCUGUCCCUUUUGCACAGAGAGUCCGGUGCCUCGCUCCGCUCCUACUUGUAAAGAGGUGACACCACUUUUUUUGUGUUCAAUGUUUUUUUGUUUUUUUUUUGUUUAUCUCUUUGUAUUAGACUUUCACAAUACCAUGUUUCUUUAAAAAAUUGUGAACUUGUUGAAGUAAAAAAAAAAAAAUAAAAAAAAAUUGUGGUCAUUUGUUCUGAGUCAGUAUUAUCGGUAUUAAUGCUAUCAUCCUUGCUACUAUGUUUUCAGCCGGCAUGGAUGUUGCUAACGAAGAUAUUGUUAUGUUGCUGUUUUUGUAAAUAUUAAAACUUGAAAAUGCAAUCUCAUCUGGUACCACUGAACAAGCUCUGUCUCUCUCUCUCUCUCUCUCUCUCUCUCUCUCUCUCUCUCUCUCUCUCUCUCUCUCUCUCUCUCUCUCUCUCUCGCUCUCUCUCGCUCUAUCCUCCCUUAACAACCUAGGAAAAAAAAUGCCAACUUUUUACUGUCCACGUUUCUCUCGUUUAUACUUCUUUUUCUUUUCAAACUCAGGGGUUCGUCCAAUAAAGGUAGCACUGGUGGCACACGUUGCUAUUUAUGCUUCUUAAUCAUUCACUGUAUGUCUAUCUUUUGCAUUGUAAUCUUCUCUGCCUAUUUUUCUGACAUGGAUUAUUUCAUUUGUCUCCUGUGUUUAAGCGUUUUCACUAUAAACAUGCUAGAUAGCGCUGAUGUUUCUGAUGAGACAAUAAAUGACUUAAUGAAA